AUGCCCACCCACAAGAAAAAUCUCCUGCUCCUGUACGACCGUCCCCGUGAGCCAAUCUUCAUGGGCAAAGGCAAAGCCAUCUUCGAUGUGCCCGAUAAUUAUCUCACCGACCGGUACCGGCCAAUCGGAACGGAAAUUCAGAACCGUUUCGGCGAUCAGGCGGAGGAACGCAUCCCGGUGCGCAGCAUCGCCCUGCCGGAUCUGCGAAUUCCGAUGUCGCUCGGACGGCAGGAGCAGUUCUCGCUGUUCAUUCCACGCCACCGGAAGAUUGCUGCCCGGCUGAUUGACAUCUUUAUGGGCAUGCGAAACAUCGACGACCUGCAGAGUUGCGCCGUCUUUGCACGGGAUCGCAUCAACCCGUAUUUGUUUAACUACGCCUUAUCGGUGGCGCUGCUCCACCGCAAGGAUACCAAAGACCUGGACUUGCCGACCAUUGUGGAAGUCUUUCCGGAUAAGUAUAUCGAUUCCAAGGUGUUCGAACAGGUUCGCGAGGAGGCAACCGUAGUACCGGAGGGAAUGCGAAUGCCCAUCGUCAUCCCGAAAGAUUUUACCGCAUCCGAUCUGGACGAAGAGCAUCGCUUGUGGUAUUUCCGGGAGGACAUUGGCGUUAACCUGCACCACUGGCACUGGCAUCUCGUGUAUCCUUUCGACGCGUCUAAUAGGUCCAUCGUAGACAAGGAUCGUCGGGGCGAACUGUUCUACUACAUGCACUCGCAGUUGGUUGCUCGCUACAACUUCGAACGGUUCUGUAACCGACUUCAGAGAGUCAAACGCUUGAACAAUCUGCGAGAACCGAUUGCUGAAGGAUAUUUCCCCAAAUUGGAUUCACUAGUGGCAAGCCGUACCUGGCCUGGACGAGUAAACAAUGCAGUUAUAAAGGAUCUAAAUCGAGAAGUGGACCAAAUCAAGCAGGACAUAUCGGACGUGGAACGCUGGAUCGACCGUAUCUACGAAGCCAUCCACCAGGGCUACGUAGUGGACGAAUCUGGCAACCGCAUUUCGCUUGACGAAGAGAAGGGCAUCGACAUUCUCGGUAACAUCAUCGAAUCUUCUACACUGUCCCCGAAUCGACAACUGUACGGCGAUAUGCACAACGCCGGGCACGUUUUCCUCUCGUACACGCACGAUCCGGACCACCGCCACCUGGAAUCGUUCGGUGUGAUGGGCGAUGUGGCAACGGCUAUGCGUGAUCCCGCGUUCUACCGUUGGCAUUCGUACAUCGAUGACAUCUUCCAGGAGCACAAGAUCAAGCUAGCACCGUACACCAAAGCACAGCUCACCUUCGAGGAAGUCUCGGUAACAAGCAUCAACGUACAGUCGGAAGGAGCACCCGUCAAUACGCUGCACACUUUCUGGCAGCAGUCGGAUGUGGAUUUGUCUCGCGGGAUGGAUUUCGUGCCACGAGGAAAUGUGUUCGCUAGAUUCACUCACCUCCAACACGCUCCCUUCAUCUACACCAUCGAGAUGGAGAACAACUCCGACGCACAGCGAAUGGGUUUCGUACGAAUCUUUUUGGCACCACGUAACGACGAACGCGGCACUCCGAUGUUGUUCCGAGACCAACGCUUGUUUAUGGUGGAAUUGGACAAGUUUCUAGUGGCACUUCGUCCGGGAGCCAACCGAAUCCGACGCCGAUCGCACGAAUCUACCGUGACUAUCCCAUUCGAGCGGACCUUCCGCAAUCUGGAUGCCAAACGGCCGGAAGCAGGAACGCCCGCCGAAGAGGCCUUCAACUUUUGCGGUUGCGGCUGGCCGGUACACAUGCUGAUCCCGAAAGGACUCUCCGAGGGAUUCCCCGCCGAUCUGUUCGUGAUGGUAUCCGACUACGAGGAGGACCGGGUCGUGCAGGAUCUUGUCGGAACCUGCAACGAUGCGGCUUCAUACUGCGGUGUACGUGAUCGCCUCUAUCCGGACCGUAAGGCCAUGGGAUAUCCAUUCGAUCGACUGCCCCGCACCGGCGUUGAUCGGUUGGCCAACUUCCUAACGCCGAACAUGGCCGUACAGGCGGUCAACAUCAUACACAUUGACAAGACGGUACUCAGAACAUAA